GGUUUCUCCCUCUUUGAUAUUCCCUUUAUCGUUCCUUCUUCUUUCUGCUCGUCUUUGCUCGUGUUGGCAUGACCCACUCCUUCACCGACUCGAUGGUGAACCCACUAGGCGAGAAACAUUCUACAAUGAAGACAUCAGCGACGACGACAACGACGGCGACGGACGGCCCAUCUUCCUCCAACGCCUCCACCACCGUCAACAUGCCACUCUCUUCGUCCACCCCGUCCCAGAAGACAACCUUUAUCCUCUCCUUCCUCGGCCUACUGUCCAUCAACCUCGUCGCCGCGGUCGAUUCCUCCGCGCUGUCCGUCUCCCUCCCCAUCAUCGCCGAAACCUUCCGCGCCAGCGCCCUAGAAGCCUACUGGGCAGGCACGAGUUUCGUCCUGGCCUCGGCGGUGCUAGUUGCGCUGUUUCCGGCCUUUUCGAAUGCCUUUGGACGGAAGCCGGUGCUGUUGGUGGCGUUGGGGUUGUUUGUGGUCGGGACGGUGGUUGCGGGGGCGAGCGUGGAUGUGCGGAUGUUGCUUGCUGGACGCGCGGUGCAGGGCGCGGGGAGUGGGGGGUUGUCGGCGAUGACAUAUGUGGUCAUCGCAGACCUCUUACCUUUGCAUAAGCGACCAGCAGCGAUGGCCGUGAUCAGCCUGAUCUGGUUGGUAGGCUCUGCACUCGGACCGAUCCUGGGUGGAGGUUUCAGUCAAUCUGCAACGUGGCGGUGGAUUUUCUGGAUCUGCCUUCCUUUCGCAGGAAUCAGCUUCAUCCUCGUCUCGCUCUUCCUCAAGACGCCGCACCGCAGCUUGCACCCCAAAGCAGCAAUGAAGCAGAUCGACUGGUUCGGCACAGGCCUCUUCGUCGCCACGCUGACAAGUUUCCUCAUCUCGCUAUCCUGGGGCGGGACAAUGUUCGCCUGGUCAUCCUACCACACCAUCGUGCCACUGGUCCUCGGCGCCUGCGGGCUACUCGUCUGGCUCGUGUACGAGAAAUCCAUCCCGAAAACACCCCUGCUCCCUCUCGCCGUGCUAGGAAACCUCACCCUCCUCUCAAGUUUCCUGGGGACCUUCCUCAUGGGCAUCGCGCAAUUCGGCCUACUCUACUACCUGCCGCUCUACUACCAAGUGAUCCUCGGCUACACGCCCCUCGCCGCCGGCGCCGCCCUCCUCGUGCAAUGCGCCGCCGUCGGGCCCAUCGCCGCCUUUUCCGGCGCAUAUAUGACCCGGACGGGCCGAUACCGCGUCUUGGCGUGGAUCGGCUGGGCCUUCAUGAUCCUCGGCUACGGAUUGCUGCAGUUGCUCGGCCCGGAGACUUCCGUGCCCGCCUGGUUCUUCAUCAAUCUGCCCUCGGGCGUCGGCUUGGGUUUCCUCUUCGCCAGCCUCCCCAUCGCGGCCCAGGCGGCGGCGCCGCCGGAACAUAUGGCCAUCGCGGCGGGUCUGACCCCGUUUUUCCGGAACGUGGGCCAGGCGCUCGGGAUCGUGCUGGGGAACAGCGUGUUCCAGAACGUCCUGCGAGAUGAAUUGCAGCGGGUGUCGGAGCCGCCUUUUCUGCAGGAUCAUGCGGUUGAGAUUGUGAAUAAUUCGGCGACGGUCGAGUUGCUCCGCGCUUGGUUCGCGAAUCCGGAAUACGGCGAACAGGCCAUGCGGGAUUAUGUUGUUGCUUUGAGGAUGAUUUGGUGGACGUUGUUCGCUUGUGCGUGUGCGGGUGGGGUGCUAUCGUUGGGCAUGAAGCAGAUUGCGCUCAAGAGGCCUGCUGCUGCUGCUACUGGGGCUGUGAAUGCUGCAGAGUCUGGGAAGCUUGAUGAC